CUCAGUCGAUGUUGGGAGCAGCCGGGGCAGAUAGCGCUUCAAGAGCCGGGUUGUUUUGACCCUGGUCUGCCUCCUGCUCCACAGGCCUUCAGCCCAGGGCCUCAUCUGGGUGGGAGCUGUCAGGAUGACUGGAAAGAGCUUGUUGCUCAAGGUGAUCCUUUUGGGAGAUGGAGGAGUGGGGAAAUCCUCCUUAAUGAAUCGGUACGUAACAGACCGUUUUGACUCCCAGUCUUUUCACACCAUUGGGGUAGAAUUUCUCAACCGGGACCUGGAAGUGGAUGGGCGCUUGGUAACUCUUCAGAUCUGGGACACUGCGGGACAGGAGCGCUUCAAAUCUCUGCGCACCCCGUUUUACCGGGGUGCUGACUGUUGCCUGCUUACAUUUGCUGUCAAUGAUUUGCAGAGCUUUCAAAACCUUGGGGGUUGGAAAAAAGAAUUUAUGUAUUACUCAGAUGUGAAAGACCCCGAGCACUUCCCCUUUGUGGUGCUAGGCAACAAAGUGGACAUGGAUGAGCGAGAGGUGGGUGCGGAGGAGGCCCGGGCAUGGUGUGAGGAGAAUGGCUGCUGCCCGUACUUUGAGACCAGUGCGAAGGACGACACAAAUGUCACUGCUGCCUUUGAGGCGGCGGUCCGAGAGGUGCUGGCCGCAGAGGACCACCUGGACCACACUCUGCUCAGUAGCACUAUAGAUCUCCAUGGUAACCGAAAAACGCCACGUACCUCUUGCUGCUGAUUGGUCAGUUACAUUGACCUUUUUAAAACUUGGCUGAAGCCUACACAUGGCAGGUGUGAAACUUAACAUAAUUUAUGGUACAUGUGCAUCAGGUACAAAGGUUCUUGAGAUGAUAUGGAUACGGUUUAUCAGAUCUGAGAAGGGCUUGUCAAUUUAAGUUUUAAUUUAAAGGUACGGUGUAUAAUGGCUGCUACUUGUUGUGUACUCACCUAGUCAAACUUUGUCUAGGUACGCAGGGAAUGUUAAAAGUCUAAUAUAAUAAUGGAGAUGUGUUUUCAUGGUCUAUAUUUAUGUGAUAUAUUCAUUUGCUUGGAAAGCACAGUGUAUUUUUAGCAAAGCAACAAACAGUGAAAAAUUAUUACAGCAAAAGUAGUUUAAAAGGGACUUGCCACACAAAAUUUUGUCUGUCGUCUUAUCAAAUCAACCAGUGAUAUGGUCCAUUGUACUGACAUUAAAGGGAUUACUAGUAUUAUUUUUGGCUAAUGCAGCUAAUGAAAUUAUUGCUGCUCAUUGUGUAACAGACUCAUUUUAGAAACUACGUGAUGCAUGUGAUUGUUUUCAAUAAGUUCAUUAUUUCACUUGUCAAUUUAUUGAAACACUGUAGCGAUACUUGUAUAGGGCAGACAAAGUAUCACUGUUACUGCCUUUUUGAUGCCACAGAUAACUUCUGAUGUUUGGUUUUGAAGAAACAUUUCACAUUAUCUGCCUGUUUAGCAUGUGCCCUGCUGUCUACAGCUACACUCAUGAGACAUUUUUAUCAGUCUGUACUACUGCAUGAAAUACAUUAUGUAGCUGUGCAGCAGUACGUGAAAUUAUACUUUUAUUGCUCACCAAUUUCUGUAAUGAACUUGAGCAUUUAUUCCACUUUUUACCUCAACAUAUGGUUAUUUUCGCAGUAUUUACAUUUUUGUGUUGUUUACAGUUUAGAUAGUGUGUCUAUAUGGUUUACAACCCAUCAGUAUUUUCAACCUCUCCAAUCUUCUCCAAUCUUGUGACGUGUAGCAUUGUCCUGAACUGUGACAUGUUCCCAACAUUUCUGAGAGCCAACAAAAUAAGCACAAAAGUUCAGUGUUUGUUUUUUUUUUUAAAUUCCAAGAUCAAUCUAGCAAUUGAAUUGCUUAGUUACAGUAUUAUAGUAUACAGUAUAACCACUAGAUGCCACCAAAGCUACAUACCAUAGUAUUAACAGACCUCAGGAUAACACAGGGAAGUAUUUCCUAUUAGCCACUGGUUGUGGAAUGUUUGCCUGAAGACCGCUAACCAACAUUUUUCUCCUAUUAUUGGUACAAUAUUUUGUAAUCUUUCUCAUACAAAAUUUAACAAGAAGCCUGAACCUUAUCUGUCUUGUUGAUGUAAACCUUCAUUUGUCUGUGUGUCUUGUGUGCAGAAAAGUACUUUGCCCUCUUCUAGUUGUAUGGGGAAGGUACUUUUUCUUUGUAAUCAUGUUUUUUUCAAAUUCAACAAGUUGUGCACAUUUGUUUCUAAGUUGGUAGCUUUUAAAAUCACAAAUUUUGAAUUCCUGCUGCAGCCUUUGUCAGUAUUGAAAGAUUGUAGUGUAUUUGGGCCUGUACACAACUCGCCUAAGUAAAUUGUUCAAAGGGCAUUCAUUUUUUAAUAGUAAUUUUGUAAAUGUUUUGAGCUGAGCGGAUGAGUGUGAGUUUGUGCUACAGUGGUUUAUGGAUUCACUUUUUGUCAUAUAACUUGAUUUCUUUGCACUAAGGACAUUGAGACUGUGUGGACAAUUGUGCCUGUUUGGCAACAAGGUACAGUUUGCCCAGUGCUUGCCAAUGAAUAAAACUUGCAGCGUAA